UUAAACCAAGGGUCCCACCCUCCAGCCAUCCUUCGGCAAGAAGCUCCCGGCCCCACCACUGGCCACCAACCCUCCCAUGUCUCUCGGGAUUGUACAGUAACAGCCAGCCAUGACGUCCCCGGGCACUUCGUGGAGCGGGAGCUCCGUCCUCCUCGUGCUGCUCUUCUCCGUGCUGGUGCUGUCUCCAACCCUGGCCAUCCAUGUGUACACACACCGCGAGAUCCAUGGCACUGUGGGCUCCCACAUCACCCUCUCCUGCAGCUUCUGGUCCAGCGAGUGGAUCUCUGAGGACAUCUCCAUCACUUGGCACUUCCAGCCUGAGAGCUCCAGGGACAGCAUAACAAUAUUCCACUAUGCCAAGGGGCAGCCCUACAUCGAUGACGUGGGGACCUUCAAGGAGCGGAUGGAGUGGGUGGGCAACCCAUACAACAAAGACGGCUCCAUCAUCAUCCACAACCUGCAGUACACAGACAAUGGCACCUUCACCUGCGAUGUCAAGAACCCACCCGACAUCGUGGGCAAGUCUUCUCAGGUCACCCUCUACGUCUUUGAAAAAGUGCCCACCAGGUACGGUAUGGUCCUGGGCUCCAUCAUUGGCGGGGUCCUGCUGCUGGUCCUCCUUGUGGUGGUGAUCGCCUACCUCAUCCGGUACUGCUGGCUGCGGAGGCAGGCAGCCCUGCAGAGACGGCUCAGCGCGAUGGAGAAAGGCAAACUGCAGAGGGCAGGCAAGGAUUCCUCUAAGCGCGGCCGCCAGGCACCCGUUCUGUACGCUAUGCUGGACCACAGCCGGAGCACCAAGGCGGUCAGCGAGAAGAAAGGCAAGGGAGGCCUGGGUGACUCCCGCAAGGACAAGAAAUAGCGGUUAGCAGGCAGGGAAGGUACCGCCAAGGCGGGCGAGGAGUCCCCCCGCAGUUCAAAGGUUGUCAUGACCAUCGAGAUGGAACUGCGGGGGGACCAGCCCGAGGCCGCCGGCCUCAAGCCUGCCGUCAAGUCCCCCAGCAAGAACAGCCUCAAAAACGCCCUGAUGAACAUGAUCAAGAUCGACUCGGACAAGUGAUGACCCACCACAAGGGACAAGGUGUCCUGCCCCCUGGGACACUGCCCCCGCCCCAUCCUCCUGGCUUCUCGCCGUCCUGGCUAUCCCAGAGAGCUGCUCUCUGGCCCAUCCGUGGCUGACGGAUGAUGCCCAACACAGGGCCAGGCUGUGUGCAUCGGCUUGGGCCCCUUCCCUUGCCAUGGCUGCAGACCUAGUGUGGUGCAGCUGCAGGUAGGAGCACCAGGCGGGAACGUCGGCCCUGCAGUGCCUCAAGCCCAGCGCACGGAGAUGCUGCCAGGCUGAGGCAGAGGAAGGGGCAGCCUGUUGGCAAGGGUGCCCUGCUCAGGGAGUGCCUUGCUCUGCCUGUGCACAGCCCAGCCACCCUGCUCCACUGCCUGUGGCUCUGGGCAGAGAGGGGAUGCAGCCCAUUGCUGCCCCAGGUGACACAGGGCUCCGGGCAGCUGAGAGCAAUGCCCCAAGAGGCCGAGGGACCCGGCCAAGGCCUGGGUGUGGUCCUUGCCCAGGGUCCCACAGCCGCAGCCACCCCCUGGCAGACAGGACGUCCCUCAGCCACAGACCUGCUGGGAUAGGGAAGCCACGUGGACAGGGCGCUAGGCCCCCCGAGCUCGAAGCCCUGCUAUGAAGCCCCAGGAAACGGUACCUUCCACUGCGUGAUCAUCGUGCUACCCCCCCUCCCUCCCCCCCGCCCACCCCGGGCACAGCUGUAAUUUUUUUAUUACAAUCAAUGACUUUGGGAUUUGGCAGGAUGGGUUAACCCCCUCCUCCCCAGGGCCAGCCCGCUCCGGCAAGGAGAGCAGCCCACAGCAACCCCCCGCCUGCCCCUGCCCCUGCCCAGGCGCCCUGUGGGAGUUACACCAUCCAGACCCCCCCACCCACCAAGCCCCUGGCUGGGAUGACAUCACUCCCAGCGGCUCCUCGUGGAUUGGCUCCCAUCUGGCCGUUUUCUCGUCUUUCCUUGUGACUGAGUACAAAUGACGUCACACGGCAACUCCCCGUCCAUUCCCCCCACCCCGAGGUCUCUCUUUUCCACCCUCUUCCUUUGGUCUGUCCUUCUCACUCGUGGAUUAACUCUCUUGCAUGUUUGGUAACCCACCCAAUACCCUGCCCACCCCUGCCUGCCAAAGCCUCCUGGAGGAGGGGAGACUUCUGCAAGCCGGGGGGGUGCCCCACGGAUGAACCCCGCGGGCCACAACUCCGGCAUCCUCAGUCCCCUGCACCAGGCUGCCCUCCUGCAGUGGCGCCUGGGCUGACGAGGCGGUUCCUGCACUGUGUAUACCUGUACAUAGCCGUGUGCGUGCCGUGCGGAUAACGCCCCGGACGAACUGCUCUAAAACACUAAACUGCAGACAUGUGUUCCCAGCGUGGUGGUUUUCUACAUGCUCCCUGGGCAGCGGCACAGCUGCGUGGUUAAUAAAGACUGACAUUUCUA